GCCAUGUUUUGGUGUUUUGCUACUCAGUAAUCAAAUAUUUCCAGCAAUAGUAUCGUGAUUUUUUCCUCCGAUAAUGCGCUGUAUUACAAUGCUUGCAAUUGCAUUCACUUUGUUAAUUAGCUACUCUCUUGCUGAGCAAGUACCAUUCCAGGAAUGUAAAAGUGGAAAUAAUGUUCUUGGAGUAAUAAUUCAUCCUUGUCAUGCUGUUGAACACGAAGGAUGGACAACUUGCGUUUUUGAACAUGGGACUAGCGUGAAAGUUGAAGCUGCUAUUCUUGCACCUUUUGAUGCAUCUCAACUAGAGACUGUUGCAAGCGCUACAAUCAAUGAUCAUAUGGUACCAUUUAUGAAUUCUGGAAAUAAUGCUUGCAUUGAAAAUGUUGUGCCAUCCUGUCCAAUCCAUGAAGGACACUUCUAUAUCUUCAACUUUAGAUUCGAAGUUAUGAAAUACUACCCAACUGGUUACAUGGAAAUUGGAUUUGCUGUGAAAGACCCAAAAUCUAAAGAAAAUGUAGCAUGCGUGAAGCUCCCGGUAAUUGUACAAAAGAAUCCAAAGUUGUCCUAUAACAACUAAAAUGUAGUAAUAUUACCUUUCAAUAAACUCUCUUAGUUUUAAA